GGGACGAGGAAUGAGCCACUUCCACGGCUGAGGGGACAGAAGGGGAGCGAGUCCCUCUCCUUUCCCUUCUCUCUCCCUUGGGGCAGGGGAGCGGGUGACUUCUCCCGGCUGCCCCUCGCCACCCUGGGGUACGGAAGUGGGAGAGUCUACGCUGUCCGCUAUCGCCGGGCCGGUGCUGGUUUCCCGCUACCCCUCCCGACAGCCGUACCUACCCCGGCGGCCGGUUGCGACGCGCCAGUUGGCACCGCCCCGCUCGGCGGGGGGAGGGAGCUCGGCCGUGUCUCCCGCGGCGGCGGCGGCAGCGGCGGCUGCUGCAGGUGGAGGUAGGCUGUGGGCCGGGCGUCAGCGCGGCGGGUAGCGAAACGCUGGACCAGCGGGCGGGCAGGCAGCGGGACUUCGGGCGGCCGGCGGCGCCUCGGCGGUGGUGCGGACCCCUCCUCUCGGCCCAGUUCGCCGGCGACAGCGGGCGGCGCAUCGGUGAGGAAACAUGAGUCGCGAUUUCAAACCUGGAGACUUGAUCUUCGCCAAGAUGAAGGGUUACCCGCACUGGCCAGCCCGGGUGGAUGAAGUUCCCGAUGGAGCAGUAAAGCCUCCUGCAAAUAAAAUGCCUAUUUUCUUUUUUGGCACCCAUGAGACGGCAUUUUUGGGACCAAAGGAUAUAUUCCCUUACUCUGAAAAUAAAGAUAAAUAUGGUAAACCAAACAAAAGAAAGGGUUUUAAUGAAGGGUUGUGGGAAAUCGACAACAAUCCCAAAGUGAAGUUCUCUCAUCAGCAGUCCCAUUCAGCCGUUAACACCCCUGUCAAAGAAACUGUUCAAGAAAGCAGUCAGGAGCCUGCUGAGGGGAGUGAAGAAAAAGCAGGAGCCAAAAGAAGAAAAUCUUCUGUCCCAAAAUUACUACCUAAAGGGGACAACUUACCUACAGAAGCUGAAACAGAGGAAAAGGAGAUGGAUACUUCAAAGGAAGAUGAUCUACCUUCUGAAAAAAACAGUAAAGUAGAUGUGGUGAAAACAAGUGACACUUCUCUUCCUAAAGUUGCUAGGAGAGGAAGAAAAAGAAAGGCUGAAAAACAAACUGAAGCUGAGGAAGCCGCAGCAGUGAUGGUGGCAGCAGCUCCUGUGCCAGUGUCUCCAAAAGUAAGCCCCAAAAGAGGACGACCAGCAGCUUCUGAAAUAAAGGUUCCAAAACCAAGGGGAAGACCCAAAUUGGUGAAACCACCUUGUCUUUCAGAGAGUGACUUUGUUAAUGAGGAGGAGAAGGCAAAGAAAAAAGGACCAGAAGAAAAGCCCAAAAAGCAAGGGAAAAAAGAUGAAGAAGGUCAGAAGGAAGAGGAGAAAUCAAAGAAGGAGUUUGACAAAAAGGAAGGAAAGAAAGAGGCUGAACCAAAAAGGAAAAAUGCUGCAAAAAUGGGUUCUGCAUCAGCUUCUGAUUCUGAAGAGGAUGGAGAAGAACAAGAAGGUGACAAGAAGAAAAAAGGGGGAAGAAGCUUUCAGGCAUCUCAUAGAAGGAGUAUUGUAAGAGGCCAACAUGAGAGAGAAGUAACAGAAAGAAAGCGUAAGCAAGAGGAACAGACAGAAUCUGAAUCGCAGAGUAAAGAAGAAGGCAAGAAAACAGAAGUUAAGAAGACGGAGAAGAAGAGAGAAACAUCAAUGGAUUCUAGGCUUCAACGGAUACAUGCAGAAAUUAAGAACUCCCUGAAAAUCGAUAAUCUUGAUGUGAACAGGUGUAUUGAGGCUCUUGAUGAGCUUGCAUCCCUUCAAGUCACAAUGCAACAAGCUCAGAAACAUACAGAGAUGAUUCUGACUCUAAAGAAGAUACGGAAAUUCAAAGUCAGCCAAGUUAUCAUGGAGAAAUCUACAAUGCUAUAUAACAAGUUCAAGACCAUGUUUCUGGUUGGGGAAGGAGAUUCUGUUCUUUCCCAAGUACUAAAUAAAUCACUUGCUGAGCAGAAGCAGCACGAGGAAGCCAACAAAACCAAAGAACAGUGGAAGAAAGGAACAAACAAAAAAAUGGAGAAAGAAAAGGACCAAACAGGUUCAAAGGUUCUGAAUGGAGGGUCUGAAGCUCAAGACACUAACCAGUCACAACACAAUGGAGAGAACACCGAAGAAAUGAAAGAUAAGCGUGAAGCUACCAGUAAGGAAAAGACAUGCAGUGAAGAGAGCGAGCUUGAAAAGUCAGCAAAAGAUUCUGCCUUCGAAAGCAAAUGACACCAUUGGAGUCUUUUUUCUACAUUUGAAAUCUAUAGGCUGCUGAAAGUUCUAAAUUUUCUAAGCAUAGUAUUUUCAAGUUAACUUUUCUGGAACAAGAGGCCCUUUAAUCUUGGUUUAGAAGUACUUAAAACACUUUUGCCGAUAGUUUUGUCCAGUAUUCACAGGUAACACAUUUCAAAAGAUGGGAUUUCCAGUUAAAAAACAAAUGCUUACAUGUUACAGGCCUUCUUAGAGUUGUAGUAUAUUUUUAUCUGACUACUGUAUGUUUGUCUAGCUAAUAGCAGGAAAAAGUGUAAAUACUUUCAACUGCCUAACUAACUGCUUCAUUUGUAUAAAAUCUACUCUCUUCCUCUGAUACUGACCUCCACUUGUGCAUAGUUUUUCAGCCCUUGUUGGGAUGUCUUUUCACUGUUUUGUAGGAGUUGGGAGCAGCAUUUUUAUAGCUGUUAAAAUGUUGCUGUAUGGGUAUACUUAAUCACUUCUUUUUUUUAAACAAAUUUAGUUCUGUUCUUGCAAAACUCAUUGUGCCAAUUCACUGCAAUGUGGCUUUAUGGUAUGCUUUUGGUAUAGUAAGUAUACUAGAAAGAAAUCUUGUUUUCACUGAAUCUGUUGAUGCACACUGGGUGGAAAACACUGUCUUGAACAAUUUAGAAAUUAAAGAAUCUAAACUGCUGAA